CGAAAAUUAACAAAAUUCGAAAAUUAAAAAAAAAGUAAUUUACUUUUACUAAUCUGAAUAUUAUAAUAAAUUUAGAUAUUAAUAAACAACUAACAGAGAUUUAUUUAUCAAAUUUCAAAGAUAAAUACAAAACAGACAAUGAAAUUGUCACAUAUUAUUUAUCAAACAACUAACAUAGAUUUAUUUAUCACAUUAACCUAACUAACAUUAUUCAUUCCUCAAUCGGAAACUUUCAAGAGGCCUAGCCCACAACUCCUGAAUUUUCAUUCGAGCUUCUUCGUUGAUCGGGUCCAUAUACUCUGAAACUUCUUGUGCACGUUGAAGCAUCCGACACAAAUUUCUUGCUUUUGACUUGCCCAACGAGUCGGAUUCUUCAUCUUUAUAAUCGCCAAAACUUUCAAGGGGUCUAGACAUCAACUCCUUGAUUCUCUCGUAUGCUUCCACGGUUUUCGGCUCCAUAAGCUCUGUAAUCAGCUUAAGUCGUUUCAUAUCUCUACACAUCGAAUCCCAGUCAAUUGGACCUCUAUUAGCCAUUUUUUUUACAGUUUAGUCUUGGGCCGGAGAAAGAUGAUUUAUACUAAAAAAUUUCAAGUUGUCACGGUCUUAGUCACGGAAUUAUCCGUGACUAACCUGUCAGUCUGGCAGCCGGAGAAGUGUCAGGGCCGCCGGUCUAGUCACGGUUUUAACCGUGACUAGAACCGUGACUAAAUUCAAAAUUUGAAUUAGUCACGGUCUUAGUCACGGAUAAAACCGUGACUAAACCGGUCAAAGGCGGCUGAUGCCGCGUGGCUGAUUUCGUUGAUUACGAAGGGUUUAGUCACCGAUAUAUCCGUGACUAAGACCGUGACUACACCGAUAUAUAAAAUCAACACUUAGCGAUUUUUUCAAACCUACGCUUCCCAAACCCUAUUUUCGAGCCAAACUCUUUCUCUUCCAACUUUCCUUCCACUGCCGCCGGUCUGAGUGCAACGCCGCCGCCGUCCGCCAUCCGCCGUCCACUGCUGUUGUUCGCCGCCGGUUGCCGCCGACCACUGCCGUCGUCUACCAAUCCUCUUUUUUCGCUCCUCUCUCCACAUCAAGAUGAGCAAUGAACAAUCAACCUCGCGUACCCGCCCAAACUAUGUGCCCUUAACCGAAGCUGAGCGCAACAAUGAAAAUGCGCUUUGGGUGACGCCCCACAUGGUUGCGAACGAUCAAGAAGUGUUGGACCAAAUCAAAGUCAUAAUUGGAGGACACUUUCUUGGAAACUGGGCAGCAUACACAGAAGUAGACCCCAAGGUUCGUGAACUUUGGUGGAACCUUUUCAAGGGUCGGUUUCGAUGGACUGAAGCCCAAGGUCCAGCUAUUCUUAGAGCGUAUAACGCUAGGAUUUCAAAUUGGCUUCGUCCUACUUUUAGGCGUGCCCGAACGAGCGGGGUAAAGCCUGGAUGGUGUUCGGAUGAGGUGUGGGCUAACCUCGUCCGUCACUGGUCUUCUGAUCCAAACUUCUUGGCAAGAAGUCAAUCCGGUAAGAAAAACCGGAUGUCCGAGAAAGCCUUAGAAACCCAAUGGCAUGGGGGCCGCAAACCUCAGAGUAGACAUAAAGAAGAUCUUUCGGGGCCUGAGAAGAAGAAGGUCUCAAUUCUCAAGGUCAUCAAGCACUGCUGGACAAAGCACGGCGAUGAGUCCGAUGCCGAUCUGCCACCCCGCCUCGCUGAAAUCGAAUCAAAGUAUAACACAAAUGUUGAGAAGAGGCGGGCAGAAUUAGGCUUGACUCAGGAGGAUGAGAUUGAUUCUGAUGUGGAGGAUGAUGCCAUCUUUGAGGCAGUUGGGGUGUACAAGGGCCGGGUCCCGUGCAUGGGGGCUGAGGGGCAACGGAUCUUGUACGACCGCAGCGGUGCUUCACCUUCCCGAUCAAGGCGCGGAGAGGAUCCGCGUAUCGCUCAAAUGCAGCGGGAGAUGGAGGAGCAGCAGCGGGCCUUGGCUGAGCAGCAGCGCACCUUGGAGGAGCAACGCAAAAAAGAAGAAGAAACAAGGGCCCGGCUGGAAGAGAUGGAACGGAUCCUCAGCGCCGGAAUUCGGAAUCAGCCUCAGCCUCAACCGUAUGUACUGCACCCUGAGCAGACACCUCAAGUUCCGCACAUGGGCGGUUAUUUCCGUACCAACUCUGCUACCGGGUUGCCUUCAUUUGGUUCUAUUCAGGAUAUCAAUUUUCACAACCUGUUUCAAACAUCUGGAGGCAGCCAAGCAGGUGGCAGUCGCGGAGGUGGCAGUCGCGGAGGAGGCAGUCGCGGUGGCAAUCGAGAAGGCCAAGCUGGAGACAACCGAGAAGAUGAGACCGAAGAAAAUUAUCUAUAUGAUGAUUCUAGAUAUUAUCAUAAUGGUAACCGGAGGAGCUUGUAAAUGAUAUACAUUUUUAUUUGAACAUUGUUUAUUUACUAUAAUUCUAUUGUGCUUAUUAUUACUUUUAUUUCAGUCUGUUUGGUUAUGAAAUGUGUGUUCUAGUA